AUGACCGGGUUGACGGAUGAGUUGCUGUACGCCAGGCAGUGGGCGGCCACGCGCAGCACGAAGGAGGCCUGGUUCAGCGGGAAGGUCCCGAACUCCACCCACAGACGGCCACACUUCCCAGCAGAAGGUGUGAUUCUCUCCCCGGUGGAAAAUGUUCUGGUAGUACAUGACAGGCGCGGCCAUGGCCAGGGAGAGCGCCCAGAUCACCACCACCCCGAUCAGAGCGUGCUUGGCCACCCGGAUGGAGGAGGACUUUCUGGAGUGCACGAUGGCAAUGUACCGGUCCACGGACAUGGCAGACAGGGUGAAGAUGCUCACCAGCAUGGACACGGUGAAGAAGUAGUGGAUGAACUUGCAGAUGAACGCGCCCAGGACCCACGUCGGCAUCAUGUAGAUGGUGGACUGGAAGGGGAUGCAGAAGAGCAGGUAGGAGAGGUCCGCGAUGCUCAGGUUGAGGAUGAAUAUGUUGGUGGUGCUCCGUGGCUUCCCCGGUUUGCUCCGGGCCAGCACGGUGAUCACCAUGGAGUUGCCCAGGACGCCGAGCGUGAAGAUGAGCCCGAAAACCAGCAGCGUGAUGAAAUUGUCCGUGCCGAUGCCGAACAAAAGUUUCUGGUCCUCCUCGUCCGCUCUGCUGAUGUUCCACAGCUCCUCCAAGAGCCACACGGAGUCGUCUUUGUCAGCAGCAUGGGCCAGCAUCUAGGAAAGAGGGAGUUACCCACAGACAUCAAGGCUUCGUCACCUGAACUCAAAGCAGCCCAUACAGCAGGAGCAGCAGCAGAGCCUGAAUCUCAAGAUGAAGUUUUUGGCCUGGGUGAGGCAGAUGCUAACCAGAACAAUGGCUGCAUCUCGGAGAUGCCGGCGGUGACUGACUCCACGGGCGCUGAGGGCCCCCACCAGCCCUGGACCCCCGCCAGCACAGCUGACCCUGACGCCGCCACACCACGCCCCCACCUGGUCCGCCUCUUCUCCCGAGAUGCCCCGGGCCGAGAGGACAACACCUUCAAAGACCGACCCUCCGAAUCGGACGAGCUGCAGACCAUCCAGGAGCACAGCGGAGCGGCUUCAGAGUGUGGGUCGGAGAGCCCCGAACAGGACUUAGAAUAGGCUUGCUUUUUUUUCCCUCCCUCCCUCUCUUUUCUCUUUUCCCUCCUCUUUCUAUCGGUCUCUCAUUUAAGAGAGCGAAAAGAACCCCACAUUUGACAAAUACAAACAUACUACCAACCAACUAGUACAACCAUGGCAUCCGCAAGCAGCUCUGCACAGGCCGCCUUCGGGCUGGGCCGGAGGAAGAAGGCUCCCGGCCUCCUGGAUCAGAUUGGAAACUUCUUUGGUGGGGACAAGAAGAGGAAGAGCAAGGUGAGGAAGCAGGGAGAGUUGAUCUCAGUUCAUUCUGCUGAUUCACUCCCAGAUCCACUUUUUACUUCUGAUUCUUUAACAGAUCUUGUAAGAAUUUGUUGCAACAUAUUUGUCAUAUAGGUUUGUGUUGGUUUUACUGUUGUUUUUACUGGUGUGCCCAAGUCUGUCCUUUGAUUCACAUUAACUGGCUCAUGAAUCGUGGCUGGGUAACGACUUCGGGUGGGGUUUGUUUUAUUUGAAAUAUUUUAUUACACAGAGGCUGUGAUUUUGAAUCAUUUAAGGAUGAAUCUCUAUAUUCUGGUUUUCUUUCAUUUGAAUGGUACUGACAUUAGUAGCAUCUCUCUCUUCAGUUAAAUGUAUUAUAUCCGUUGUAGACGUGAUUUUGGUGGAAUUGUUCUCUCGUUGCCGCCGUUAUGCAGUUUGUUUAUCGGAACAUUUGUCAAACUGGAGUUGAGAACAGCCGUGUUUCAGUUCAGGUACGUCUCUAAAUGAUGAUGUGAGAGACAGGAGAUCCACGCCUGUGUCAUUUAGCUGUGAUACUGGUUCAUGAUUUUGCAUUAGUUACUCUGCUCUCUAGGGUGAUCUUUAAACAUCUGUGAUGAAGAAACUUCACUACUGUUUGCACGGUCUUGCAGUCUGCUAAGUCACUUUCAAAGAUAAUAAUCACAUUAUGCUACAAAUGAUCAAAGAGAUAUAAGAUGUAUAUUAGUAUAUAACGACAUAAUAUUAGAGUAGGAGAAGUAUUAUCACUGCCUGUUUGGAAAUAUAUACAAGCAUCUGCAUCCUAUUAAGUAAGAACAGGCUUAUCUUUGCAGGCAAGUGAUUAUGGGGCAUUAGAGCCUGCAAUGCUAUUAAAAACUUUGUACUCUAGUGUUGUCAAGAUAACCUAAGUAUAAAAACCUUCCUGAUAAGGCCCACUUGGAAAAAAAACACAAGAUUUUUUGUCGGUUAAGUGUCCAUUUCUGCUGCACGCCUGGCACCAGUUUGUCCAUCACUCUAGACAGUGCUGAUGGGCUUCUUGGCACUGCUGCAUCGGCCAUUAAGAACCAGAUUGUGGCUCUGUUGGCCCAUUGGUCAAGCACUCACCGAUGCCCUCUGGAGGUGGGGAUGAAAUGGAAUAUAAUAGCUUCAGCACCGAAAAUGGUGUAAAAUACAGAUUUCACAGCAAAGUCCUGGUUAUCCUGAUAACACUGCUGCAACACGCUGAAUCCCAAAGCCUCUUAUAAGUGCUUUCAGGAAGAAGAAAUGGAACUGUUGCUCUGUAUGUUCCAUCAUGAGCCAUGUUUGCUCAUUUCUAGUAAUCUCUGAGGACAUUGCUGAUAUUAGUUUCAAAGGAGAGCUGUGCUGCACGGAAUUUAAUCUUGUGGACAAAUAAAUUCUAUAUAAGCUUUUUUUUUUCUCUGCCCAGCUAACGGUGCAGAGCGCCAAGCAGAGCGCUUCAGCGAAGUAACUGCAAAGAAAUCACUCCAAAGCAUGAAAAUAUGCAUUUCCCCCAAGCCUUAUGUCCAUUUUGAAAAGAUGUUUAGGAUUAAACUUAUUUUAUUUUAACUGUAUGCUACAAAGCUUUUCUUUGCCCUGCUCUACUGAUAAGAUAUUGUUUUACUUUUGUAAAAUGUUGAAACAUUCAGGGAAAAAUGUCAACAGAACAACUUGUGAAGCUUUCAUUCAACAUUUAGGCCUAGUGACCCAUUUUUUCCAUUUCUCUCCGUGAUGAUGACAAGUUUACUCAGACAAAGUUGUAGAAAAAUAUAUUUAUGUAUUCACCAAGGGUUUGCCUUCUAAUGAUGAGCGUUCACACCUCAAGUGAAUGACAGACAGGUUCGCCCCACCUCGGUUGCCUCUUGCAAAAAGAAAAAAAAAACCCUGCCUGCACUAACUUCCUGCUGCAAACAUUUACUUUUUUCCAGCCAGAACUCAUCAUGAAGACAGAUGUUUUUUUUAGCCUGAUCUCUGAUCUACUCUGCCUGUCUGUGUGCUCCUCUCAGAUGUUCUUAAUGCAUACUUUUACUUCAAGGCUGCAGUAUUAAGUGUCACUGUUCUUUGUUGGAUCUUGAGAAUGCAUGCUUGUUUGAGAAUGGUUUUAAUAUUUGGCAGGUGUGGAGCUUUUUGCAAAGUGAUCCCUUGUGCUUUUUAUGUCCUCUGUCCGAUUUAUUUGCAUAAUCUGAGCCCGAGUCUGGGCAUUUUGGAAAAUAUUAAAGGGGAAUUCAUGCAGUCUUAAACCUGGUCCCUAUUCGGACAUAUUUUGUGUGUAAAUGCUUCAUACUUGGUUUGGAAUGCUUUGUAAUUGGUCCAGUAGAUUGCCUCAGCUAGCAGCUGCAAAACAGCCUCAACAGCUGUGAUUUAAUCCUUCAGGGCAACUUUGACUGUCAAAGUGACAUCCACUGCUUGCUUCUGACAUUAACAGGCUGAGCUUGUUAUUCUACGUGUCUGACAAAAAUUUUGUAAAUGAUUCUUAUGGAGACAGACAUUUUUUGGUAAAUAAUAAGAUCCCUUUUGUAACCAGAAACACUGCUGUUAAAGGAAAAGUAUUGCUCUGAAGUCUUGUGAGGGGAGUCGUUACAGUUGUUGCUUCAUCUAAUCAGUCAAUUAAGUCAGCGACGUCUUGGAAAUGAAUCAAGCUGGUAAACUCCAAACUCCAACUCUUUCAACCAUCAUCUUCCAGUAGCAACUUCCCUCAUGUGAGAUUUCGGAGCAUGACUUCUUCAUGAGCAACACUUGUGUCUCUGGUCACAGAAAGGAUCUUAUCAUUGACCAAAAAAGGUCUAUUGCUUCUGUUGACAGACACCUAGAAUUACAGCCUCAACCUGUUAGGGGCAGAAACAAGCACUCUGAGUGGACGUAACUUUGACAGUCGCAGUCGCCCUGAAGGAUCACAUUGCAGCAAUUCAGCUGCCAGCUGAGGCGAUCUACUGGACCAAAUCCAAAACUUGUGGUAAGUAUAAAUCAUGUGCACAUCAAAACAUUUAAAGACAGGGUCCUGGUUUAAAAAUAUCAGAAUUUCCCUUUAAGACAGUACACAUCAGAUGCUUUAUAAGUUGUGAGAUAAAGCCAAAAAUGAGGAAGUCAAGUCUCAGGACAUGAAAACAUCUGCAGGAAAUCUGCAUUUGAAUACUAACACGUUUUUGAUCAUUUCAAAUUACAGUAAUGGACAUUUGCUAUUCAAGCAGAAAUGUGGGAUAUAUUUAAGUGUUAAUUUGCAUAUUAAUUUCUUGAAUCAGUCAUGUAAUUCAUUACUGUAUAUAUAAGAAUCAGGCUUUAGUAAAACAGCUCACAGUCGGAACCAAAACUUGUGUGAUACUGUACUCUAACCCCAGUGUCUUGGAUGACGAGGGGGGUGUCGGCGGCCCCCCCUCACAUCCGUUUGCUCACCUCAGGUUCACGUGUCUUUAACCCGGUCGGAGAGUUUGUCUGAACCAGCAGUGGAUCUGUGCCGAUCCCUGAUCUGUAACGCCUUCAAAAAAAACUUUGCAGUGGAUACUUGUCAGCGUUUGUAUCUGUUGUGAAGUGCUGUGACCGUUGACCUGUUCCUAACCUGAUCCUGUUCUCAGCUCUUUAUUUUUUUGUGAUUACUGCUUGAUUAAAACUCUUUAACAACA